AUGGGACAAGAAACAUCAAAACAAACCGAGACACUUCCAACACCAUACGAUAUACUUGGAGCAACACAAACUGAUAAUGAUUAUAGAUUACAAUGCAGCGUCAAAGAUGGCACAUUUAAUAGUUUCAAAAGUAUUGUACCGAACUAUGUUGCUCAUCCAGGUGAUGAUAUUAAUGCAAUCGAAUGGCGUUUGACAAAUCCAGCAGAUAUUGAGAUCAUAUCUGUACUUUUCAUUCCUGUGACUAAAUCGAUAACUGAGGCAGUACAAGCAAGAACUAAGAAACUUGGUAUUGAUCCAAAUAGUGUCAAAUAA